AACUUGAGAAAAAAAAAUGGCUCAGUGUCCAUGUCUUCGGCAAUUAUGCUUAACGAGUAAGAAGGCAUAUGAAUUACAAAUAUCUGAACUGACCAUUGCCAGUUGUGUUGAUUGUCACACACUAACUUAUGUGAAGUGGAUAUUGAUGGUUGCAUAAUGCUGUUGUGGCUUCUGCAUUGCCACGCAUGCUGGGAAAACUUAGUAUCUGAGGAAGUAAAGCAUUAUGCACCAAAGAGGAUUUAUUUUUUUGCAUCUCAUGGUAUUAGUUUUCCGCUAUCUCUCCAUGCUGAGGUUUGUUGAUAUGAUUGAGUGACAAGAGCGGAUAUUAGGCCCAUGCAGUGAAUCAACAUUGCAGAAAAUGCAACAAUUAUGAAGUCCUAUUCGCUAUCAACAGGAGGCAGCCAUUCUUAUUUGACACUGGCCACAGGAACCCUGAUCACUUUUGCAUAUGUAUAUGUAGAAAAACAUAUUGAGUUUCCUAUCCUUUUUAUGAAUGGUGUUCUAGUGCAGUAGAACAAGUUGUCAUAGGAGUGAGAAUGCCAUGUAUCCAGCAACACUCAGAUGAGCUCAUACUUCAUCAGUUGAAUAAUAUAAGUUAUUAUGGGAUUAUGAGAUACCGUAAUCACAUAGAUGUGAAAAUUAAAUGUUAUUGGAGUUGUGCUAGGCAAAUCAUGUCUGUGAGCUGCACUGUAGCUAACCUCUGACUCGUGUGCAUGUGUCCCUUCCAUAUUUAUCAUAACAGUCGUGUGCAUAUGUGACCAAUAUCAGACGAUCAUCAUUGUCAAGCUCACGAUGCAACUCAAGUGAGCUGGUACCAGUUUGUUCUUGUUAAGAUCUCAGCAUGGUUGUAGCUUGCACUAUUGUUUACAGUACUGCUGUUUCACUGGCUUAUAGUAUUGAUAUUGAUAUUUGAUAAAAGUAAGUAGUUUGUUUUUAUCGGAUAUGUUUCCGAAGGAACAAAGUACUUCCUCCGUCUAAAAAUAUGCUAAUGUGUUAUGCCGCUAUUCCACUGAUAAUAUGGAUAUUAAAAAACUGACAUUGCAAAUGUUUAUGCUGUUAUAUGCAAGUUGAGUGAUGUUUAUUUCAGUUGAACUAUUGAUAGUGAUGGUGGUUAACUCUUUUGUAAUCAUAUUAUUAUUUACUUAACAGUACUCAACUAUGUUUCUUAUCACUAUCAGUAAUGAAAGACUUCCAGGUUGUGUUUCGUAAGGGUAAGCAUGACUUAGUAUUAUUAUUAUUAUUACUAUUUGUUCUUCUUAUGCUAUGCAUACAAUAUUUUUCUAGAAACACAAGGGUUAGCUGUUUAUACACUGUCUGCAAUGUGCAUCUAGGCAUCUAGCCUUCUAGUAUACUGAAGGUAUGCAACUGGGGACCAACUAGAAGCCACCACCGUCCAUUUACCAGGAUCAGAUGAUGAUACAUGUAGGCAUGUGGCUACAGACCUCAUUUUAGAUUCUCACAGCUGUGUGUGAACACAUUCCAUUGUGUAGUCAGGUCUAUCAGACAAAUGAACGAACACAAUUUUUCCUCUUUUGAUUUGGGACCAUCCUACUCCUACCUUGGUUUCUCACGGUUCAAAAAGAACGUCGAUGGUUUCAAGAGAGUGCCUUGUCAAAUGAAGAAACAUGGGACAAGCUAGAAGCCACCAAAUUGGUUGUUCAGGAAAAUGAACGGAGCUCAACCUGAUACCUAUCAAGCUUAAUAUCCUUCAUUUGGGAUUCAGGCAGAGGUAAGCCUAAUAUGACAUUUAUGUUAGAAGAAGCACAUGAUUGAGCGCAUUAACACUCUACUAUAAUAAACUUUUGGUCUAUGGGCCAUAUGGUGCCUGCAGGAUCUAUCCACGCAGUUAACCAUGGCACAAAACUGGUACAACCAUGGGAUCUUUUUUCUCCCUUCCCUUUUUUUCCUAAAGAAAAAAAGAGUCUGGAGAUCUUUUCAGAUGGUACAAAUGCAAAUAGGUAUAAAUGUCCAAAUUCUAGCAAGAUUCAAACAAGUUGCAGGGCUUUCUUGCCAAAAUCCAAGGUAGCAUCACAAGCAGAUAAUAAUAACAAUACAUAUUAGGUAAACAAGUUGCACAAGUGGGCCUUUGUAUAUUCCCAGCCAGCCAUUCAAGAGAGAAGGGUUUCUUUCCCAGCCAAUCAAGUAUGACAGUGUAGCUCGCCUAUCAGAGCACUUUGGACUGCACAUUUACUUUAUUUAUUGCACCACUUGAUUAUUAUUUAUUCUCCUGAUGUUAAUCGUAAUAUCUUUGUACUUUUUAUUUUAGCAUAGAGCCAUCGACACAAGUGACGCCAAAAGUAUAAACUAAAGCUGUUGUCUUUUGUUAAGAUCAGAAGUUCAGAACCAGCAGUCAACCCAUUGGUCUGCAGAAAGCUUAACAUGUCUUAGGUCCAAUAUGUAGUGUAUAUAUAAACGUUUUGAAGUUGGCGGAAAUAAUGAGAAGCUUCUUGACUUGCAACUCUGUCAACAUCUUAGCUAAGCUUUCUCCCUUUCUGUUCCUGCCCAUCUGCUCAGCUAUAUAUUCUGAAACAUUUGCAAGAAUUGAAGCAUAUAACAUCUGAUGUUCUUCUUCUAGAUCAUCCUGCCAAGGAUGGUGACAAGUAAGAUACUGCACCACCAGGAGCUGUGUGCCCAUCGAUCCAUGUCUGAGGUUUCAGGCAUAGUGGAUGAAACAUUAGGAAAGAGGCCAUUGGGUGGGCAGGAUACUCUGAAAUACAGGGUGUUUGCUAGUACAUGGAAUGUUGGUGGCAUAAUACCAUCAGAUGAUCUAAACUUAGAAGAUUGGUUGGAUACAAGGGCUAACUCCUACGAUAUAUAUGUCCUAGGGUUCCAAGAAAUAGUGCCACUCAAUGCAAUAAAUGUCCUUGGUCCUAGCAAGAGAUGCAUAUCUACAAAGUGGAACUCACUAAUUGGGAAGGCACUGAACAAAAAUAAGACGCAAGAUGGGGAACAGUUGCAUCAUACAACUACAAAUAACAGUGCAAUAGAGAGCUUCACACAACAGGGAUGCUUUAGAUGCAUCAGGAGCAAGCAGAUGGUGGGCAUAUUUGCCUCAGUCUGGGUGAGAAGCAAUCUUAGGCCAUACAUUCGCCAUUUGAAUGUGUCAUGUGUUGGAUCGGGUAUCAUGGGCUACCUAGGGAACAAGGGUUCAGUGUCAGUUCGAUUCUUGUUGCACGAGAUGAGCUUUUGCAUUGUUUGUUGUCACCUGGCUUCAGGUGGCAAACAAGGGGAUGUACUGCUGAGGAAUUUUGAUGCAGCGGACAUACUUGCAAGGACGACAUUCCAUGGCGAUGGAAAUAAAAAGCUGCCAAAGAAGAUCCUUGAUCACGAUCAGGUACUUUUGCUUGGUGACUUGAAUUAUAGGAUAUCACUGGAAGAGACCGAGACAAGGUUGCUGGUGAAAGCUAAGAACUGGUCCACCUUGUUAGAGAACGAUCAGCUAGUGUCUGAGUUCUCGACUGGUCGACUUUUCGAAGGCUUUCAAGAAGGGUCAGUCACCUUCUCUCCCACCUACAAGUACCAGCCAAACUCUGAUCAAUACUACUGGUGCUUCGAGGCAGCGCGGGGCGAGAAGAAACGUGCUCCCGCAUGGUGCGAUCGCAUUCUUUGGCGUGGUAAGGACUUGAAACAAAUCCAAUACGAGACUUGCGACUACAAGUUAUCGGACCACCGACCCGUGAGAGCGGGUUUCUUUGCGGAAUGCAAGAUCAAGGGAGAUCUGGACUCUGUUGGUGGCUUCAUCUCGAGUAUGCCAGAUGCCUGACAAUUCUAGAUGGAAAUUUUGCACCGUUUAGCCCAAGUCACAGACCUUGAAUGUAAAAUAUUAAACAAUCACAGCCAUAGCAAGCAAGAAUAUAGGAUGAGUUUUAUGAGAUCUCCAAUGUUCAAUGUCGACUGGAGCAGGUCUUAAGUUAUUAUUAGGUAUAUAAAUGUUUGUUUUAUGAUCUACUUCUGUGUCAGCUUAGUUCUUCCAUAAGUUGCCAUUUUAUUGAAUGAACAAGUAUUCUGUAAACAUUAUGGCUGGAGAAAUCAGGUGUUCUUCA